UGGCUCCUCUCAAGCUAGUGCAUAGCAUAGUGCUUACACAUUAGUCUGCUUUUGCUAGUGAGCGCUUGCGGGAUACGGGAUAUUUAUAAGCUGCUCAAGUUGGAAAUGAUCGUUAUACAUCGCACGAAUCAGUCUGUGGUUUCUGACACAGGCUCGGCUUAAUGGAGUGAAAAAGAAAGAAAGAAAAAUAUACCGCAAAUAAGAGAGAAAGGUCCAGGCUUUGUGCUGGGACGAACAAGAUUUCCCCCAGAGGGUUCAAAAAUAAAACUGAUAUCUUAUCAGUGAACAAUUUCCGUUGAUAUAUCUCUCAAAAGGAGACACUUUCAAGAUGCAGUGAAUCUGAAUAAAUAUACAGUGCACACUUAACCAUACAUAUACAAAAACGAAAUAUGUGAAUGUAUACAAACUUCUAUGAAAUAUUCAGCGAAUACACCAACUAAAGAUAUCCUUUGGCAGGAUGGAUCCUACACCAGUCAUAGACGAUUCCUUCAAGCGUUCCUGCCUCCUGGUGAAUAUGCUCAACGAGGUCAUUUGUCCUGCCAUGAGGCAGAUUCUCAGCUGGGUUACCCUGGACUGGGACCAGACUCAACACGACUUCAUAAGUUACUUGACAAAUGUAAAGAGAGCCGAGGAGAAGAAGAUCAAUAAGCUCAAGAAAAAGCUCACCCCACACCAAACCGAUGCCAUUCAGAAGUAUAGGAAAAUUGAGGAGUGGGACAUCACUUUAAUCAGUCUCCUCCUGAAAUAUUGUGAAGGGUUGGCCGAAGAUGAUCACCAGGAUUGGUCAUCAAGCAGUGGGAAAGAGCCGGAAUGCCUUAUCACAGCUCUGAAGAAUAUAAGAAACACACUGGCUCACGAACAGACCCAACUUUUGAAGGAAGAUUUCAUUCUCAAAGCGAACGAAAUUCGUAAACUCGUUGAAAAGGUCCUUGAGAGUGUGGGUCAAACGUGUAGUCACGUCAGCCAAGGGGAAAUUGAGACACGCAUAGAGGAAUUCACUGAGAAGCUCAAUGAAAUCAGAGACGCAACCUUUUCUCCAGCGACCGUUGCCGAGUUCGAGAAAGAAUCGCUGUUUCACGAACUGAAGGAAUAUGUGAAAAAGGAAGGUAAGCCAGUGUUGGUAAGCCAUCUGAAGAGACUCACGACCUUCAACCCUCUGUUUCUGAUCUUAGAAGAGCCGAAGGGAACAGAAGUUGCGGUGAAGGAUAUAUUCACAGGGAUGCUCUUGGAGGAGGAUGAACAAAGAGUGAAAGUUUCACUGAAAGACAUCAUAGCCAUUGCAUCUAACACUGAUCCUAAAGGAUUUAUAUUGCUCAAGGGCUACGCAGGAGUGGGCAAAACCACAAUAGUAAAAAAGAUUACCUCUGACUGGGUUCAGGAGGCUGGGUACAUUAAAGGCCUCGAUUCUUUCGACCUGCUGUUAUACGCAGAGUUCAGAGAUCGAAUUGAGAGUUUUGUGGAGCUUUUGCAGCAUUUAUUAGGUGAUGUUCAUCAGUGUUUCAACAACAAAGACCUUGUCAAGGUAGCCCUAGGUCUGAAAAACUUGGUUGUCUUGGAUGGAUUCGAUGAGGUCAACUCCAGUUCAUUCAGUCUGUUCAAAGACAUUCUGCAACUGGCAAAAUGCCACAAGAACUUGACUGUUAUUAUCACGACCAGACCUGAAGCUGAGAAGCAAUUAAGUGAUCAACUGAAAUCCGACAAUGUAAAUGCUGUUCACAUUUGGCUGGUAGGUAUCGAAGCCUGCAAAAGGGCAGAAUUUGUGAGUAAAUACUUCCGUGGUCUAUCUCAGAAGUCUAAACCUUUGCAAGGGCUUCACGGACUGUUGGCAUACCUCAAGAAAACUGAGCACAUAAUGAGUGAGGUGUGGAAACUCCCCUAUAAUCUCUCCCUUGUUACAAUUCUUUGGAUGCUUGAGCCAGAAGUAGUGAAUGGAAUUACAACUGAGGCUGAGCUGUACUGGCAAAUUUUAGCCUUGUGCCGUUCAAAAUUAGAGGAGCGUUUGGGCAGGUACAAGGGCACGUGUGCCUUAAAAGAAAGUGAACGGCAAUCCAAGACUGAAAAGUUUCUUCAACAGCUAAGCUGGCAGUCCCUUUUGGGGUUAAAGAAUGACGACAUCUAUCUUCCUAAGUUAGCCUAUAACAACAUAGCCCAACUCUGUGAGCAUUUGGAAGUGCCAGUCGAAGAGCUGGCUGGUGCUUUUCUCAAAAAAGUGACUACUUCAAAAGACUUCCGAUACAGUUUCCCUCAUAAAGGAAACCAAGAGUUCAUGGGUGCUUACAACAUCUAUACAAAGGUGACAAAAUCAAAAAGAAGAGAAAAGAAGAUAGUUGGCAAAAUCUUCAACGAGCUCCACGAUGGUUCACCCCCUGAAUCUUAUGUCAAAUAUCAAAACUUGCUCAUACAGACCCUUAGUAUUUUCCAUGUUUGUGAAAAUGUGACAGUGGCACAGCCAAUCAAAAAGGAGGUACUGAAUCUCUUGCAGCAGUCAGGGUUAAGUGACAGGGACUCUUGGCUGAAAGUCAUGCACAACCUCAAGUGCGAUGACUUCACUGCGAAGUGGAUUGUCGAGAGAUAUAACAUAUUCCAGAGCAAAAUUGACAUUUCGGACUUCUCGUUUGAUGCCUACUGUGCACUCCUAAAAGCAUUGGAUACCCCUGUUGCAAACAGAGAUAAGAUCCCCUUCAUGAUAGAUCUAAAGGAGACUCCCUCUUCUCUAGAAGAACUUGCAAAAAAUAUAGAAAAACUAGAGUUCCAAGUCAACCAAACUAUCCUCAUGGAUCUUUUCAAAGGAGUUCCUUCCGAAAUAACUGAAUCGCAAGAAGGUGCCAUUCAAAUUCUCCUCUCAAACUGCAAGAGGUAUGUGGGCAUUUGGAGUUCAAAGUUCCAGGUGCCUCCGACUAUGAAAACCCUCUUCAUAAGGCUGCCCAACAAGGACGCCAUGAACACAUUACUGGCCUCUCUAGCAAUGACAGCAAAGCUGACAGAAUUAAGGAUCUGCAUCAGUGUCAACAUCGAAGUGCUUUGCCCAAUUCCAGAAGGUAUUCAAGGUGUCUCCUUGUACAUCAGUGAUAUCCAGAGCGAAGAGGAAGUUGAAAAGGUCCCAAAGAUCCUUUGUGGGCUCCGACCGCAGGAAAAAGACAGAUCUUUCCCCGCCCUCUCCUUUCCUCGGUGCUCCCUGGGUGAAAAGGGACAUCACAAACUCGUGGACUCCCUCGCCGGAUUCACUGUGAAAGUGUGGAUCCAGUUACCAGAAGACAUAAAACCAGAGGGUGACGUCAGUGAGGAAAUAUCUGCAAAAGCUCAGAAACUGACUCAGUGUGAACAUGGUAUCAUGUGGGUUUCAGAAACAGAAAUGUUCAAGCUUCAGUAAACCCUCCAAGACAAGAAGAGGUUCGAGGAGGAGAACUUCGAAGAGUGUCUACCUGCUACAAAUAUUUAACCUAGUGUAAUAUUUAUAAUUUUCAACUUUUAUGUAUUGCUACACGAUAUAAUUUUUCUAUGAAAUAGGAUUUAGUUUAUUUAUAUUUUCAGCACAAGUAUAUGGAUCUCCACCCAUUUUCAGCAAUUCUACAACAAAAUUACCCUUAUCUUUGUUCAUUGUUGUCAAAUAUGAAUCAGUCCUGGCACGUACAUAUUAUGAAAAAUGCGUGACUCUGCAAAAAAAAUAAAAAUCCUGAUGUAAUAUGUAACUAAAAUCCAGCAUUGUGAUUCACGAAGAUUUUGACAGGAAGCACCACCAGCCUUCAGUGUUCUUAUGUUAUUUGGAAAAUAAACUGAUGCCGACUUUAAACUGUAGAAUAAUUAUACAGCACCACCUCAGCUUAACAGAUGCUUUGUAUUUACACUUGACAUUCGGUGUAAGAAUUCCACAAGAAGAAAGAAGCAUUCGUAAUGUGGCAACUCAUUUGUACAGAACUCCACUCAAUUGAUGUUCAUUAGAGAUCCUCCCUUGAAGAAUCUGUUAAGAAAAUGUUUAGCAUCUAAUCCCCAGGAGAAAUCUAACUUCUCUUUUUUUAUUUUUAAAAUAUUGAAGUUUGUCAAAUUAUGAAGUUUUCCAAGCAACAAAGCUUUCAAAGUAACAAAGCUUUUCGUGUG